AGUCCUUCAUGAAUUAAUUUUAAGACUUUUUAUGCAAAAAUUAUUUCAUUUUCCGUUUGUUUUAGUUUAAACAAGUGUUACAUUCAAUAUACUUCAGUUCCUCUUGUUAUUCUAUACUGUCAGUGCAUCAAACUAAGUGUCCUAAUGAACUUACGCCCCUGAAAAUCAGUUUCACAAAAUCUAAAGUCAGCAUAGCAACAGCACUUCGAUACAUAAAGUUUCUAUUUUAGGGAGUAUUGGAAACUAUUUUCCAUAAGGGUGCUUUUAAAAGAUACAUAUUAAGAAUAUGUGUAAUAACAAGUGAAUUAAGAGGAGCGAAACGUAAAUAUCGAAGUAGGUAAGAUAUCGUAGAUAACGUGGUGCUUUUUAUUUAUUGUAAGAUGAUUACUCGAAGAUGGUUCCACCCAUCACUAAAUGGUCUAGAUGCCGAAAAAUUGUUAAUGGAGUGUGGUCGCGAUGGAUAUUUCUUAGCGAGACCCAGUAUGAGUAACAAAGGUGACUUUACCCUGUCAGUGCGACGUGGCAAUGAAGUAACGCACAUUAAAAUUCAAAAUAAUGGAGAAUUCCUUGACCUUUACGGUGGGGAAAAGUUCGCUACUCUCUCGGAACUCGUCCAGUUUUACAUGGACAAUCAAGGUCAGUUACGUGAGAAAAACGGAAAUAUUAUUAGAUUAAAAACCCCUCUUAAUUGUGCUGACCCUACAACAGAACGUUGGUACCACGGUCAACUUACAGCAAAAGAAGCUGAAAGAAUGAUGUUAGAAAACGGUAAGAAUGGUUCAUUCCUUGUUCGCGAAUCCCAGAGGCAACCCGGAGAUUUUGUACUGUCGGUAAGGACCCGUGAUCGCGUUACGCAUGUCAUUAUUCGACGACAAGACAAUAAAUAUGAUGUUGGCGGCGGACAACAAUUUCCCGAUCUCGUUAGUCUCGUAGAACACUACCGGAAUUAUCCAUUGGUAGAGACCACAGGUGAUGUAUUGAGGCUUAUCCAGCCUUUCAACGCGACUCGAAUCCAAGUCCGGCAUUUCAAAACCCGUGUGAAACAAUUGCAAAAAGAAAACGAGGGUCCGAUUGAAAGUAUGGCAUAUAAACAAGGUUUUUGGGAGGAAUUUGAAACAUUGCAGAUGAUGGAAAACUUACAAUUAUUUGAUAGAAUGGAGGGGUCGAAACCUGAAAAUAUUAGGAAAAAUAGAUAUAAAAACAUUAUACCAUUCGAUCACACGCGGGUCAUAUUACGAGAUAUUCCUGUCGAUGCUCCUCCUGGUUCCGAUUAUAUAAAUGCUAACUACAUUCGAUGCGAUAUCACGGAUUUCAUGUUUGAUCAAGAUUCAAAUGGGAGUAAUGAAAAUGGUUCUCCACAAACGAGAGAUGGUACGCCAUCGAGAACUAAGGAUAAAUCUUCACCAAUCCAUGCAACAGUAAUAGUUACUGAAGAACCUGUCAGCGAAGGAACAGAUAGUAAAGUCGGUAAUGGUGUCCAAAAACUUUCACCCUCAUAUGAACCAAGUGUUCUUCGCUCAAAUCCAAAUUAUGUGAAUACGACGAUUCCGAAAUCGGUUGUGGAAGCAGAGCCUACUGUAGCAGAUAAUGUCUACAAUAAAAUUUACAUUGCCACUCAAGGGUGCCUGUCGACCACGGUAUAUCAAUUUUGGUCCAUGAUUUGGCAAGAAGAUGUACGUAUAAUUAUAAUGACCACUAAAGAAAUAGAACGAGGAAAAGUAAAAUGUGAAAGGUAUUGGCCCGAGUUAAAUAAAACCGAAGUCAUAAAGAAAUACACAAUUACUAACGAGUCCGAAUCUUCUACACAAGAUUACACCUUGCGACGUUUUCAGGUCAUAAAAAAGGACGAAUGUAACACAAAAAGAACUAUUUAUCACUUCCAUUUUACUGCAUGGCCCGAUCACGGUGUGCCUUCAGAACCUGGACGUGUUUUGAAUAUAUUGCUAGACGUCAAUUACAGACUGCAGCAAAUAAUGACAAGUGAAGAUCCACCGGCCCAGGCAGUGGUAUGCGUCCACUGCUCCGCCGGCAUAGGCCGAACUGGAACGUUCAUUGUCAUUGAUAUGAUCUUGGACCAAAUACGUAAGGAAGGUUUCGAUUGCGAAAUUGACAUACACCGUACAGUCCAAAUGGUCCGAGACCAGCGAUCUGGCAUGGUACAGAAUGAAGCGCAGUAUAAAUUCAUUUACAUGGCAGUGUUAGAAUUUAUUGAAACAGUAAAGCAACGAAUUGGAUUAGGACCAGAACCCACCCAAGACUCGCCACGAGCAAGGACUCACCCUGUCCCUUUUUUAUGAGUCAUGCUAAAAGGUUUACGAAGUUUUUAUCAAAAACUUUACCUAAUGGACACUCUGUAGGGCGUUCCAGUAGUAAACCUUAAAUUCAGUGUAUUCAGCAGCAGUGGAUAAACACUUGUGAACAUUAAUGUUGUGAUUUAUACCAGCAAGGAACAAAUUUAUUUAAAAUAAUGGGUGGUAUUUCUAUAAGAUGUAUGUAUCAAUAUUCGAGGUACUAAUUAAGCAUAAGACAGAUUUAGUAUAGAAACAAGUGCCGAAUAUUAGUAUCCACGUUUUAAAGAGCUUUGUAAGAUCGCGUGAAAAAAAAUUGGAUUAGCAUCUCAAAGAUUGUUUUAAAGUCCAAUAAAAAACGCGAUCACGAUCCGCUACGUCAGCAGUACUAGUAAAAUAGGAACCUAAGUUAAAUAAGUCAUCUACACUCUAGUACUGUAAAGGAGUCUUUCUUAAUUAGCUAUAGCUAUGUAUGAUAACUCUAAUGGAGGUAAUCAUUUUAUGAGUACAGUCAGAUCUAUAAAUAUAUAAUUAUACAUAUGUAUACACUUUUGAUAGUGUAUCACGCCUAUUCCAAAAACAAUACAUGAUGAAACUGUCAAAACUGUAUAUGUACUAUUAGUGUAGAAUAAUAUAAUUUUUUAUUACGUAAAAUGAAAUAAUGUUAAAAACUUUUCAUUUAUCUACUUAUAAAAAAUAUUUUAUUUAUAUCUCGUUACAUCAAAUGUUUAACGCUGUGUAUUAUUUAUAGUAUAAUAAAUUGUGAGGCACUAUUUAGGAUUCCUAUUGGCAGUGUCUCGAUGUUAAUGAUAUCAUAUUUUUCC